UGGUAUUUUCCUGAAAGCCGCGCAUGGUCACAUCUUUUCUGGUUAAUAAAUUCCAGGGCCUGUGAAUCAUAAUAAGUUAAGUAAAAAGUGCAGAUACAACAGACCGCAGGCAGCAAACAACAACCCGACACCCAGACACAAUGGCAGCCACAUUAAAGCCCUACCUGACCGCCGUGCGACACUCGCUGACGGCGGCGAUGUGCCUGCAGGACUUUCCCUCGCAGGUUGUGGAGCGGCACAACAAACCGGAGGUGGAGAUCUGCUCCAGCAAGGAGCUGGUGCUCACGCCCGUCGUGGUGUCGCGCAACGAGCGGGAGAAGGUGCUGAUCGAGCCGUCCAUUAACUCGGUGCGCGUGAGCAUCGCCGUGAAGCAGGCGGACGAGAUUGAGCGCAUUCUGUGCCACAAGUUCACCAGGUUCAUGAUGCGACGCGCCGAGUCGUUCGUCAUACUGCGCCGCAAGCCCAUCGAGGGCUACGAUAUUAGCUUCCUCAUCACCAACUUCCACACGGAGCAGAUGUACAAGCACAAGCUGGUGGACUUCGUCAUUAGCUUCAUGGAGGAGAUCGACAAGGAGAUCAGCGAAAUGAAACUGGCGGUCAAUGCCAGGGCACGCACCUGCGCCGAGGAGUUCCUCAAACGGUUCUAGGUGAAGGCAAUCAGUAUGGACCCGGUCAUGAUGCUUUAGUAUUUCCAAAUGGAUUCAAGAAUAAAGACGGAUUUUGUAUUAUUUACUCGA